UCUCUAAAUUAGCUGUUAUUCGUCUGCACACGUCGAUCAAGUCGUGUUUAACGAUUCAACUGCAUCACGUACCCAAGGAAAUUCAUACUUCAUCACAAGAUGGCUAGUCACAUUAUUUUUAUUACUACAGUUUUGUGUCUCAUAGCACUGUCUAUUUCUGUUACUGCCAUUCCUCACAUACACAGAGUACCGAUAGAUAAUGAAUGUUUAAAAUGCAUUUGCGAAGGUGUUGGUUUUUGUAAUCCCAAAAUGGCGUGCCAGGGAAAGGUAUGCGGUAUGUUCGGUUUAACGCGGGAGUAUUGGAUAGAUGCAGGAAGACCAAUUACAUCGGGAACUAAAACAGGCGAUAAAGAUGCAUACGAGAAAUGUGCCCAAAACCCUUAUUGUGCCAAACAGUCAGUAAUAAAUUACAUGAAAAAAUUCUAUGAGGAUUGUAACGGAGACGGUAUCGUUGAUUGUUAUGAUUACGGAGCCAUUCACAUGCUUGGAGGCUAUAGAUGCAAAGGCAGGCUGACCGAAGAUUUUAAAGAACGGUUCUUGGCUUGCUAUAGUAAAAGUUAAACCUAUAAGAAUAAACUGGCAUCAUGAUUUUAGACACAAUUAGGAUUUCCUAACGACAGUUCAGACCUUAUCAUAUGCUCAAUGAUGAUAACCUGAAUAUUGAUGGGAUAAAAUUUCACUUACGUUUAGUUUGAAAUAUUCUACAUAUCUUUAAUUUUCUUAUGAAAUAUAUUUCUU